GAUUACUGACAUCGCUACUUAUGAUACGAGUUAAAUAUUUCAUCUUCCUACAGGAUUGGACACACGUAGGCUCAUCGUACAUUGACAAUAAAUGUAACUUCAAGAAUGGCAACGACUGUCGGGUUAAACGACUCUUACACGACAGACACUGUAGUCAACCAUUCAUGCACCUUCGUUUUCCUUGAAGACGAAUGCGAACUGACCAUUCUUCUUUCCACCAUCAUGUUUUUCGUCACGUUGUUCAACAUCAUCUUCGGGGUUAUCGCCAACGUUCUCGUAAUCGGUAUCAUUCUUGCGACUAAAGAAAUGUGGACGAUUCCGAGCAUGUACCUUGCGAAUCUUGCAGUCACGGAUGUACUGGUGCUACUGUUUGUAGCAGGGCUUAAUUGCUACGAGUAUUAUGUCGGGGCUUUCCAACCGAAGGAAUAUUACAACCCACAGAAAUAUGUAUAUUACAUGGAGAUGGUGACGUCCAUGGCAACCGUAGCGAUGAUGAUCGCCCUCAGCGUUGACCGAUUCUAUGCUAUCGUCUAUCCUUUGCGAUCCCAGAAGUAUCGUUCAAAGAGAACGACAAGAAGAGUUUGCGUGGCUGUUUGGAUUUUUUCGUUUUGUUUUGGAGGAAUAUACUUCGGAUCUCAAUUUGAAGGCAACGUACUUGAAGUGUGGAAGGAGCCUAAUUCUGAAUAUCUAAUCGCUGUUGGAGCUGUCUUAAUCUACGCCAUUCCCCUAAUCAUCAUCUUCGGUUGCUAUACAGGAAUAAUAUAUACUAUAUGGAAGGAAAGGAUUUCUCAAGAACGCACAUCUGACUCGACAAACAGGAGACGCACGAGACAAAAACAUGCCGUGCUACGCGCAUCCGUGCUUGUGGUUGCCCUGUUCGCGCUCAUACAAGGAUUCGUCAUCGCUUUGUUCAUGUGGAUCUCUUUCGGAGGAUCUCAUGUGGAGCCAUCCGUCAUCAUCAUCGAGUUCCACGUCGCGCAAGGCCUGUACCAUCUAAACAGUCUCAUCAAUCCGUUCCUCUACGCACUCUCGCACGAGAAGUUUUAUCAGUCUAUCUGGCGUGUUCUUUACUGUUCACCUUCCCGCAGCAGGAGGAAGGAAUCCAAGGGAGUUCACCAAGCUCAAACUAGGAAAACAAACGGCGUAGGACGACCAUCUACACUUUCUGACGUCAUUAUUAGAGAAGACUACAAGUCGAAAGGGGCCGAUGACGUUACUGGGAGAGAUAUUGCCACAAGAUUGUAACUCACACGGAACUCACAUUAUCAUAGGAUUAGCAGAGGGCUUGGAUAGGGGUAAGGUAUACCAUGUAAAAAUGAGACCACGGUAAACAUGGCAGAUGCAAAAAUGCAAGAGAACACAUGACAUGCAUGAGAAGAGGUGAAAAUCCGCAGAGACUAACAUUCUUUAUUUUGUGAGACUAGCACAAUUGUGGUAGUAAAAUACAUGUAUAUUUAAAAC